CUGGUCGAAACGUGUCGUGUAUUGAUUAAAAAUAUAUACUUUGCCAGUUAUCGUUGACAUAAAUCCUUUUAAAAUGUAACAAAUUAGGGAAGGCGGGCGGUUGCUCGCCUUGUCUCGAGCCGAGAAACUAGGAGGUCGAAACGGCUCUCCUUCGAGAAGCGAUACAGUGCGGACGGUACGCGUAGCGCGAGAGUCUUUCGUUAGCAAGUUGUACAUUCAGUUAAUGUCAAUAGAUAGUGAUAGCUUUUCAAGUAAGAAAGAUAAUUAAUUCCGUGAACACCAUCCGGAGCGUAGGGCAGCGAGAGUUCUACCAGAGAGAAAUCUAUGGGAAACCAUAGGUUUCUCUCUGGUUCUACCUUCCAAUGUUUCAAUGAUAUCAUUCUGCAAUGUUCCCGCAAUCUCCCUGCGUUGUACGGGUUCGUGUCGAGUGCAGAAAGUGCCGGCAAGCGUAUGAGAAAGGGAAGAAAACGGCGCUCGGACACCCGUCACGAGAACGAGUCUCCCAAUGCCCGUACGUUGACGGUCACGUUGACAGCUGUUGAGAGACUGUUGACAGUCGCUGUUGACAGCUAACCUCGUCGAGGAGUCUCUCUCCGUCCGUUAUAGCUUGCCAAUUGGCGAACAUCACACGGUGAGCUUCCCCUCGACUCUCGCCGCGCGAGAUAUAAUGAGGAUUCAACCGACCGAGGGACAGCCGCGGUCGUAGAACAUAACCUCUCGCGCACCAAUGACCCCGAGCGUGGCGACGAGAUCACCAUAGGAUCAAGCGAGGCUAACCGAAACACACACUCACGCGCAGACAUGAUCAAGGCGAUCCUGGUUUUUAACAAUCAUGGGAAACCUCGUCUCUCCAAGUUUUAUCAGUACUUUAACGAGGAUAUGCAGCAGCAGAUAAUAAAAGAGACGUUUCAGCUGGUCUCGAAGAGGGACGACAACGUGUGCAAUUUCCUGGAGGGCGGCAGCCUGAUUGGCGGCUCCGACUACAAGCUCAUCUACCGGCACUACGCGACCCUCUACUUCGUGUUCUGCGUCGACAGCUCCGAGUCGGAGCUCGGGAUUCUCGACCUGAUACAGGUGUUCGUCGAGACCCUGGACAAAUGCUUUGAGAACGUCUGCGAGCUCGAUCUCAUCUUCCACGUGGACAAGGUACAUUACAUACUCAACGAGCUGGUGAUGGGCGGCAUGGUCCUCGAGACCAACAUGACCGAGAUUCUCACGAGGAUCGAGGAUCAGAACAAGUUGGAGAAGCAAGAGGCGGGAAUCGCAGCAGCGCCCGCGCGAGCCGUCUCGGCCGUCAAGAACAUGAAUAUACCGCAGCAAAUAAAGGACAUGAAGCUGCCUGACCUGCCGCAAGCCAUAAAAGACCUCAAAUUCUGACCAGCCGUUACCUCGCUGGCACCCAGCUGACUGGUCUCUUCCGUCAUCCCGAGCGUAACCGACACCGCCGUCGCACCGAGGACACUUUUCCCUUCCCUUCAAGCAAGCGAGAACGCACCGAUGCUGCCUGCCGCCUCUGCAUAUAUCCCGUCUCAACGAUACCAGAGUUAGAAGGACCACGGAUGAACCGCUAUCACUUUCUUGGGUUCUUCCGGCAAGAAAGUACGUGGGAGAUCGCGUUUCGAGAAAUUUUCCGAACGAAGAAAGACAUUGGUCAAGGCGAGAGGACGUUUCUUAGAUUUUUUACAUGUGUAUGAUAGAAAAUAUAUAAAGAACGAUAUCAGGUUCACGAAUUUUCAGCUAUGGUAUUGGUAACUUUACGAUUGUCCAAUCUAGUAAUCUAGUUCCGCGUUCCGUUAUAUAUAAAGAAAAGAAAUGACAUGUCCACGGUUAUUCACUGAAAAUACAAAGCAUCAACGUUAUAUUGUAAUGAAGAUAUAUUUAAUAAAUAAAACAACAUUAUUGUAAA